AAGUAAGUAGCAGGGCACCCGGGGCAGCGGUGGCAACUAGGGCACGGUGCAGAGUGGAGGUUGCAGGCGGUAGGAAGGCACCAGGUGGGGAGUGAUGGAGGAAGAAUCUCCCUAUGCCAACUCCCUGGAUGUUCAAGAUAUUCUCGGUACCAUGAACCUGCUCCUGACCUUCCAGCAGCCAACGGCGAGUGGGUCAGUGGACCCCACCGAGGUGCUGGACGAGUUUCUGACCAGCCCCAGCCUCAGUGAGCCUUUCCUAUUCCAAGAUGAUGUCUCACCCAGAACCAGAGCGGAGGAGUGUCAGGACGCCAUUGAGUCCAUCACGGAGGAGAGUAUUUACGAGUGCUUCCCCUUUCAAAUGGACAAAAAUGAGAAUAUCAGUUCAAGCAGAUCAAUGGCAGAAGUGGGAAUGGCGAAAGAUUCAUGUGGCCUUCCGCCCUGUCAGCUGAACGCAGAUCAUACCAUCAGUCUGUGGAAGAAUAUUGAAUCUUACAUUUUCCUUAAUCCCAUGGCCAGAUUGGACAGCAGGGAUGGUCCACCGGCUGCUAAGGAUGAAGACACGAGUCCUGGAGCUGAGAGGAAUCUUUGCGAUCUCAACUCGUUCAGGCUCCAACUCUUCGGCGCAAUAUUUAAAGGCAACCUGGAGAUGAUUGACAGCCUCUUGCAGAAGAUGGAGGCUUCAGACUGGAACCUCUCGCACCCUGCGCUCAGAGACCCCAACACGGGCCAGACGUGCCUGAUGAAGGCCCUGCUGAAGAUCACCAACAAGGUGGAAGAGCAGUACCAGGACAGCGUGACGGUGCAGGUCGUCAGGAAGCUCAUCUCCUUCUCGCGGAGCUGCGGAGACCUGCCGCAGUUCGUCAACGCCGCCUACACGGACAAGAUCUACCGGGGGCAGACGGCUCUGCACAUCGCGGUGGAGCGCCGGCGCUGCGACCUCGUCCGGCUCCUGAUGCAGAGCGGAGCCACCGUCGACCCCAUGGCUAAGGGCAGCUUCUUCCGCAACAAGAGACACAAGCAGUGCUCCUUCUACUUCGGAGGCUUCCCGCUGGGGCUGGCUGCCUGCACCAACCAGCCAGAGGUGGUGAGCUUCCUGAUUGAGCAGGGAGCCGACCCCCGGGCCCAGGACCGGGCGGGCAACACGGUGCUGCAUGCCCUGGUGUCCAUCGCCGGCGAGACGGCAGAGACGCGCACCUUUGUCACCACCAUGUACGACCUGCUUCUGACCAGGAGCGCGGACCUGGAGCCUCCUGGCAACCUGGAGAAGAUCGCCAACCGCAAGGGUCUGACUCCGCUAAGGCUCGCUGCCUGCAUCGGCAAGAUCGAGAUAUUUAAACACAUUCUGGGACGGGAAAUAAAGCAGCAGAAAUACAAGCACCUCUCCAGGAAGUUCACGGAGUGGGAAUACGGGCCGGUGUCCUGUUCUCUCUACGAUCUGUCGGGAGUCGAUACGAUUGAGGAAAACUCCGUGCUGCAGACUGUCGUUUACAGCAGCAGGAAUAGGAAUCGACAUGAGAUGCUGUGUGUGGAACCGAUGAACGAGCUCCUGCAGAAGAAGUGGGAGGAUUUUGGUGCCUACAUCUUCCUCAUCAGCUUCCUCUUGUACCUGUCGUACAUCAUGUGCCUGACCAUCGUGGCUUCACACAGACCCAAGGGAAGCAAGGCUUCGGGGUGCGUGGUCUGGGUUAAAACCCAGAGCUACAUCGUGCUGGCUGCUGUCUACUUUCUCAUUAAGGAGGGGGUUGAGAUAGUCUAUCUCCGGCGUUCUGACAUACACUCCGUGCUGGUGGACGGGUCCUUCAACGUCCUGUACUUUGUGCAGUCGGGACUGGUGAUUGCCUUCAGCUCCCUGUGCUGGGCAGAUGUGGACGGCUCCCAGAUCUUGCUGGUCCUGAGUCUGGCGCUCGGCUGGUUCAACGUGCUGUACUACACACGGGGCUUCAAACUCACCGGCAUUUACUGCGUGAUGAUUAAGAAGAUUAUUCUGCAGGAUAUCCUGAGAUUUCUCCUGAUCUAUGCGGUUUUUAUCGUGGGAUUUGCAGCAGCACUGGCCUCGUUGAUCGAGGAGUGCCCGGUGGGCACCGACUGCCCCUUUGACGGGUUCAGCGCCGCCAUCCUGGAGCUCUUCAAGCUCACCAUUGGGCUUGGCGACCUGGGCGUGCAGAAGCACUCGAGGUUCCCCAUCUUCUUCCAUACCCUGCUGGUGCUCUACGUCAUCCUGACCUUCAUCCUCCUGCUGAACAUGCUGAUCGCUCUGAUGGGCGAGACCGUCACCAAGAUCUCCAGCGAAAGCGAGAAGAUCUGGAAACUCCAGAGGGCGGUCACCACUCUCUACUUUGAGCGGACCCUGCCCCUCUGGCUCCGGACCAGGUGUAAAAACAACCACAGCUUCACGGAGGUGACGGUGGGACUCACGCCCGAGGGGAGAGAGGAUCGGCGCUGGUGCCUGAGGUUAAACGAGACGAAGUGGAGCGAGUGGGACACUCGGAUAGAGACCCUGGCAGAGACGGCCUCCUUCAUUCCUGAGCAUUCAAAUUCUGAACGAGGCGUGAUGAAAUCAUAUGAUAGCAUAAUCGGCGACAUACAUCUGCGGUUCCUUAUGUCUCCAUGCAUGAGUACACAGGGAGUGCAAAAAGAGAAAGGAAACAAAGAGCAGAAUAUAAUAGCGAUGGACGACAACCUGCGAUUACUGCUGCAGUGUGACGAAACAGACGGAAGCAAAGAUACAAAUCGCAGGCGGAAGUUGAAGUACAAUCUGGGAGAACAACUGUCGCACGCUGUCACCGAUGGGAACAUGGAGGAUUUCAAUAAAUGGCUGCACAUCAUUCAGGUCACCAAAAUGAAGCUCACGGAGCCAUGGUUUGGAGACUUUAAAACGGGGAAGACCUGCCUGAUGAAAGCCUUACUGAAUCUAAACUGCAACACCCACAAAAUAGUUGAGAAACUGAUUGCGACGGCUGAGAACAAUGAUUGUUUGGACCAGCUGAUCAAUGCUGAAUACAUUGAUGAAGAUUACAAAGGUCAGACAGCUCUCCACAUCGCCAUUGAGAGGCGCUGCCCGGACAUAGUGCGCCUCCUGCUGGAGAAAAGAGCUAACGUCAACGCCAGGGCCACGGGCAAGUUCUUCAAACUGAGAAAAAAGGGGUGUGGCUUUUAUUUUGGUGAAGUGCCACUGGCCCUGGCUGCCUGCACCAACCAGCCUGAGACGGUGUCACUCCUCCUAUCCCACCACCAGACCAAGAUCGACCAACAAGAUUCCGUGGGGAACAACGUGCUCCACGUGCUGGUCACCGUGGCCGAUGACACAGAGGCCAACACCAAGUUUGUAACAGAAAUGUACAACAAGAUCUUGGUUGAAAACAAAGGGAGCAACCUUGAAGAGGUCAGGAACGAGAAGGGGCUGACCCCGCUGCAGCUGGCUGCCAAACUGGGCAAGUUUGAGAUUUUCCGAAAUAUCCUCAGCCGGGAGAUAAAGGACAAGCAGCACAGCAAACUCUCCAGGAAGGUCACGGAUUGGGCUUAUGGUCCUGUUACCUCAUCACUCUAUGACAUCACGGGCGUUGAUACCGGUGAAGAGAAUUCUGUUCUGAAAAUCGUGGUGUUCAACACCAAAAUCCAGAACCGCCACCUACUGCUGUCUGUGGAACCACUGAGCACUCUGCUCCAACAGAAGUGGGAGAAGUUUGCCAUUUACAUGUUCACGGCUAGCUGCCUGUUCUACGUGUUGUAUAUAACCACUUUCACCGCUAUUUAUUAUGACAAAACACACAUCUAUGAGUCUCCCUUUCAGAUGAAUGCCACAACCACAUCAUUGCAAUUCAAUGGACGGAUGUUCAUUCUACUGUGGGCUUGUAUUUUAUUUAUCAUGGAAGUUGUGAUGAUCAGCCAGCUGCGACUCUCAGACCUCCAGUCAGUGGUGACAGAUGCCUGGUUCCACAUCCUGUUCUUUCUGCAAGCUGGACUGGUGGUAUGCUCUGCUGUCUUGUACUGGGUCGGUACCGAUCUCCAGCGAGCAUCUCUGAUGGGGGCACUGGCUCUCGGCUGGAUUAAUAUCCUCUUCUACACCCGGGGAUUCCAGAGCCUGGGAAUCUACAGUGUCAUGCUGCAGAAGAUCCUGUUAAGUGAUGUGGUGCAUUUCCUGUUUGUCUAUUUGCUGUUCCUAGUUGGCUUUUCUGCAGCUCUCGCCUCCCUGAUCCAGAAAUGCCACGACAGUGAGAAGUGUAGUGCUUUUGACUCUUUCAACAUGGCCGUGCUGGAACUCUUCAAGCUGACCAUUGGACUGGGGGAUCUGGAGAUACAGAGUCAUGCCCUUUACCCUCAGCUCUUCCUCUUCCUGUUGGUGCUGUACGUGGUCCUGACUUUCAUCCUGUUGCUCAACAUGUUGAUCGCACUGAUGGGGGACACAGUGGGCAACAUCUCCAAAGACAGCAAGAACAUCUGGAAAUCUCAGAGAGCAAGAACCAUUCUGAAUUUGGAGAAAUACUUGCCGAAGAUUCUGAGGGAAAAAUUUCAACAGGGAAUAGUUCUAAAGGGCAAAAGAUACAUCAGGAUCAAUGAAGUGAACUGGACAAAGUGGAGCACAAGUGUAGCUCGCAUCCACGAAGAUCCAGGAGAAGAGGAAAAAGACACAACUGUUGUUUCCAGCUCAGAUGAUGUAGAUACUGCUUUAUUACCGCUGAAUGAAAAGGCGCAGAGAAGAGGAUUCUGGGCCAAGACUAGAUGGAAUCGGAAAUUAAGAGGGAGACACAACAUGCAAAAGAAGGCACAGCAUCUAGAUGUGGCUUCAGAACAUCAGACACGACCCACUUUGGAGCUUGAGGAAAGCAAAGAAGACAAAGCAACACCGAUUGGAGACGCAAUGAUUUAGUUUCUGUUGGAACAUUCCGAUAGGCUACAUGACCAAACCUUUUCAGAUUUUGGCAAGCAUCAUUUCAGGGAUGUAAAUAAAUGCUGAUGCAGGUCAACAGUCUCAGAGUGCAGAGAGGAUAAUGGAUGCCACCAAGAUCCAAUCCAUCUGUUCAGGAUGUCAAAAGCACAAUAUCUGGUAAUUCUGCAGAUGCCCUUGAUAAGGCCAAAUUAUGUUAAUAAUAUAAGAUAUAUAUUACUUGGAUUUCUGGGCUAGAUUGAUACAGAAAACCAAGCCCAGACAAGCCCUGACUUCUCCACGGUUGCUGUGUAUUGAGAUAAUGACCGAUGACUUUGAAAUGCGUCUACCAUUUGACGAGAAAGGAAGCCCAGAUUAAUCCUAGUAAGGGGUAUUGAGAAAAUGUCCGAUGCCUUUGAGGAAUGCAGUGACUGAUGACUUUGAUAUGUAAGUAUCUUGUACCAAUGUCUGAUGCCUUUGAUAUAUAAGUCCUUGUACCAAUGUCCGAUGCCUUUCCUAUGUGAGUGCCUUGUACAACAUGACAAGAUGCCUUUUCGAAUGAUGAUUGUCGAGACAAACUCCGAUGCAUCCUGUAGUAAUGUGUAUUGUCUGUACCUCUGACCAUAAUGUCUUUGGAAUGUGCUUGGGUGACAAAAUUCUGUGUUCAGGGAAGUGGAGAGAGAACAGCCAUGGGUCUGUGUUGCUCCCUUGGCUGGGGUUUUCCUUGCCACUUCCAUCGGCCGAUAAUUAGUAAAGUUUUUAACUGGUCUACCAAA